ACUCAGCCUACCCAGCAGAGCCAGUUCACCAUUUUGCAACCAAGAAGGCCAAAGCCAAAGGGAAAGGACAGCCCCAGGCCAGAGUAAACAUUAACACUGUCUUGGUUGAGGACAUAAUCAGCUUGGAAGAGGUGGAUGAAGACAAUGAAAUCUGUGGUGGAAGCACUUAAAGAUAAUUUCAAUAAGACUCUCAACAUAAGGACUGCACCAGGAUCCCUUGAUCAUAUUACUGUGGUAACUGCUGAUGGGAAGCUCCCUCUAAACCAGAUUGGCCAGAUCUCCGUGAAGUCGCCGCAGCUGAUUCUGGUGAAUAUGGCCAGCUUCCCAGAGUGUACAGCUACAGCUAUCAAGGCUAUAAGAGAAAGUGGAAUGAAUCUGAACCCAGAAGUGGAAGGAACACUAUUUCGGGUACCCAUUCCUAAAGUAAGCAGGGAACACAGAGAAAUGCUGGUGAAACCGGCCAAACAGAACACCAACAAAGCCAAAGAAAGUUUACGGAAGGUUCGCACUAAUGCAAUGAAUAAACCGAAGAAGUCAAAGGACAAAACCUCGGAGGACACCAUUAGGCUCAUCGAGAAGCAGAUCAGCCAAAUGGCGGACGACACUGUGGCAGAGCUGGACCAGCAUCUGGCAGCAAAGACCAAAGAACUUCUUGGAUGAAAGUCAGCAGUCGCAGCCGAGCACCGGUGUCUGCUCAUGC